AUGAAGUGCGCUAGGCUUCAGCCUCAACACAUCUUUAGCAUUAUUAACAAGCGAUAUCUUGCCAAACAUGCCUACCAAAAAACAUUGAACUUGCCCAAGACCAAAUUCCCUAGUAGAUCAAAUUUAGACAUUACACUGAGGGAAUUAAUACCAAAAUCUUCUCAGUUAGUUUAUAAGGAGCAACUAAGUGAUUUCUUCAAAGAAUUUUCAGAGCUUAAUACAACUGAUGAGAAAUUAAAAUUCAUCAAGGAAAAGUUAUUCAUCUUGCAUGAUGGACCACCCUAUGCAAACGGCGACCUACAUCUCGGCCAUGCUCUGAAUAAAAUUCUGAAGGAUAUUAUAAAUAGAUAUCAACUUUCACAGGGAAGGUAUAUUUUUUAUAAGCCUGGCUGGGAUUGUCAUGGAUUGCCCAUUGAGAUUAAAGCAUUGAAGGAUUUGAGCGUGCAACAGAUCGAAUCAAUAUCGCCCUUAAAAAUCAGGUCAAUGGCGUUAAAACAUGCACAGAAGGCAAUUAAGAAGCAGAGGGAAACUUUCAAACAUUUCGCUAUUUUGACAGAUUGGGAAACACCAUACCUAACGAUGAAUAAAGACUAUGAAAUUAAUCAACUAAAUAUUUUUAAAGAAAUGUUUGAAAAAGGACUGAUUAAGAGACAGAACAAACCAGUCUACUGGGGUACAGAAACUAGAACAGCUUUAGCAGAAGGGGAAUUGGAGUAUAAUGAAAACCAUAAAUCCAUUGCCGCCUAUGUCAAAUUUCCUCUUGAAAAGAAAUCUGAGAUAGAUCUGUGCAAAAAACUGGGAAUAACAAACAACUUACCUAUAUACUGUUUGAUUUGGACCAGUACUCCAUGGACCCUAUUUUCUAAUCGAGCGAUCUGUUUUAACCAAGAUUUUUCUUAUUCCUUAUUACGCGUAAACAAUGAACUGAUGGUUGUAGAGACAGACUCCAUUGACGAAUUGGGUCUGCCAAUUGACUCAUUCAAGACAAUCAAACAAUUCCAAGGAACUCAAAUGCAUGGGCUAUGUUAUCAAAACCUCUUAAUAGACGAUAAUGUUAGCAGGCCCUUAUUAAAUGGUGCGCAUGUUACCAGCGGUACAGGGACAGGAUUGGUUCAUACAGCGCCAGGACAUGGACAAGAUGACUAUCUGAUUGGUAUGCAAAAUGGGCUUGAAAUUUAUUCUCCCGUGGACCAUCAGGGUCGUUACGAAUUAAAUGAACUUCCUCAGUCCGUCAGAACAAUCAUGAGAGAUGAAAAGGACCCAACACAAGGUAGACAAGUAUUGGAUGUCGAAACCGCAAAAAUCAUUCUACGGAAGUUAAGUGACCUUAAUCUACUCUAUAAAUCUCACGAAUACACUCAUUCCUAUCCGUACGACUGGAGAUCCAAGAAACCUGUCAUAAUAAGAGCCACCCCGCAAUGGUUUGCAGAUCUGCACGACGUAAAGAAUUUGGCUCUGGAAAGUAUCGAACGCGUCAAGUUUUGUCCCAAACGGGGCUAUCCAAGGCUUUCAUCCUUUAUUAAAAGCAGAAAUGAAUGGUGUAUAUCUAGACAACGCUCAUGGGGCAUCCCUAUACUAAGCUUUUACAAGGAGAGCGAACCGGAUUCUAUUUUGAUGAAUUCUGAAACCUUGGGGCAUGCCAUAGAAAAAAUCAAACAAAAAGGAAUUGAUUCAUGGUUUAACAAUAAAGAUAAUGACAUGAAAGAAUGGUUACCGGAAAAAUAUCACGAAGUGGCACAUGAAUACUGCCGUUCUCAAGAUACCAUGGAUGUGUGGUUUGAUAGUGGGUCGUCAUGGAGUGUAAUCAAAGACUUUUAUGAAAAGAGCUUAAGACUGACAAAACUUCCAUCCCCAUUGUACCAAGUUUGUUUGGAAGGAUCUGAUCAACAUAGAGGGUGGUUUCAAAGUUCACUGUUAACAAAAGUAGCAUCAAGUAAUGUACCUGUUCCACCAUAUGAGGAAGUGAUUACUCAUGGUUUUACCUUGGAUGAAAAUGGUCUGAAAAUGUCAAAGUCUGUGGGAAAUACAAUUUCUGCCGAAGCAAUAAUUCGGGGUGACGGAAAAUUAGGGUUACCAGCUUUAGGCGUUGACGGGUUGAGGUAUCUGAUAGCGCAAUCGAAUUUCACUACUGAUAUAGUUGCUGGUCCAACUGUGAUGAAGCAUGUGGGAGAAGCUUUGAAAAAAAUUAGAUUAACUUUUCGCUACUUAUUGAGUAAUUUACAGAAGUCCCAAGAUUUCAACCUUUUGCCGGUGGAGCAAUUACGCCGUGUUGAUCAAUAUACCUUGUAUAAGAUAAAUGAGCUGCUAAAAACGACAAGAGAGUACUACCAAAAUUAUAACUUUUCUAAGGUUCUUAUUACUCUACAAUAUCACUUAAACAACGAGCUAUCGGCGUUUUAUUUUGAUAUUUCAAAGGACACUUUAUAUUCUGAUCAGAUAUCGUCCUUGACAAGAAGGCAGGUCCAAACAACACUUUUCCAUAUACUAAAUGCAUACAGGGCAAUUCUUGCGCCAAUCUUGCCCAUUGUGGUCCAAGAAGUAUGGAAUUACGUACCAGAAGGAUGGUUACAAGGGAAAGAACAUAUAAAUAUUAGUCCGAUACGUGGAAAGUGGCCACUUUUCCACACAAAUACGGACACCAUCACCUCCUUUGAAGAGUUUGAACUGAAAAUUUUAAGGCAGUUUCAGAAAGAAUUUAGGAGUUGGAGUCAAAAAGAAGGUGUCACCAAAACUACACAAAGCCACGUUACCGUUUUCACCAAGCAUCACCUCCCAUUCAGUUCUGGUGAACUUUGCGACAUCUUGCAAUCAUCUGCUGUUGAUAUAUUGCAGAUAGACAGUGAUCACAACAGUCUACCAACCAUUGAAUUGGGAAGUGGAAUAUAUGUACAAAUUUUGAUUGAACGAAGCAAAAAACACGACUGCCCUAGAUGCUGGAAAGCUAGCUCAGCAGAAGAGGAUAAAUUAUGUGAUAGAUGUAAAGAAGCUGUCGAUCAUCUAGUGUCUUGA